AUGACCAGCAUGGCCAAGACCAUGAUGCGGAUACGUCCGUCACCAAGACGGAUGUUCUUCUUCAUUGUGAAUUUUCAUCGUCUGCUGCUUUUAUUGUUAUUGUUGUCUAUAACAGUAUCCGUUUCAGGUGUCGACACCCAACCAACAUUGUCCUUGCCACCACCGACUUCUCAUUUCAACAUUAAUAACAAUGGCUUGGAUGCGGACAACCAUAAGGAGCAACCUCACAACAACAAAAAGAAGAAGAAGAAACAAGAUGGCAUCUUUUUACAACUGCAACACAAGAUUAUCGAAGGGGUAAGUCUUUCGUUGCAAAAUCAUCGUCCCCUACUUCGAACCAGCAAUUGUGAUACACCUACUGUAUCAUCAUCAUCAUCAUCAUUCUGGAGACCGGAUGAUGCUGAUUGUUUGCUGAGGAAAUUGAGGGGUGGUGGUGGGAGUAGAAAUGAGGCUGUUGCUAUGAAUGCUAUUGCUCCUACGACUACAACUGCAGAAAAGAAUAAUAAUACCACUACCACUACCACUACCACAACCACCACAUCUACUUCACCACCGCCACCGCCACCAUUGUCGGCAAAAUGGAUGGAUCAACAAGCCAGAUCUAUUGCAUUGGCAUUGAUAUGGGUUGUGUUGGCGCAGACAUUGGGGACUGCCGUGCACGCAUGUCGUACGCAAGUCUUUGAGUUUGCCUCGCGCUUUGUCAAGCAAGAUACACUUUCGGCCGCCCGGAGCAUUCGGCAAAUGUUGGAUACCAUGGACGAUCAUGGGAUUGUGGACCUCUUGCAGCACCAUGAACCAAAACAGAUACUGCUGUCCAUUUUUGCCUUGAGUAAAUUACAAGCGGCCUGUCAGUUUCAUCAACGACAUUCUGGAGGAGGAGCAGGAGUGUUGUCCCAAAAAAGAAGAAGGAAAGCAACGCCAGCAUCACCCUUACAAGAAGAGAUGACUAAUGUGGAUUUAGAAUUGCUACAGGACUUGUAUGAUUGCCUACCCUUUGCGACGGCGGUCUAUGGUUGGAAAUUCAACUUGGCGACUUCUGGCAAAUGGCACAAGGGUGAUAUGGAAGCCUUGAUCAAAAUGACUCAUGUGGAUCCUUCGGACAUUGUGACAGUAAACUGGGAAGCGAGACCAAAUCGGCCUGCAUUCUACAUUGUCCGGGAUCGCAAACGAAAACGAAUCGUAUUGGCCAUUCGGGGGACAUGGUCGGCCCAAGACUUGAUGACCGAUUUAUGUUGUACGACGGAAGACUAUCUUUCCGCUUCUUCUUCUUCUUCCAACAGUAUUUUUGGAGGCGGCAAACAGCAACGACUGCGAGCACACAGUGGCAUGCUGACAUCUGCCCGAGGAGUGGCACUCUUGGCGGAAGAUGUGAUUGCGGAAGAAUUGGACAAUCAUGCCGAUUACAGUUUGCUGGUCGUGGGACAUUCGAUGGGUGGAAGUGCUGCAGCCGUACUGGGAACACUUUGGGCCGAGCGAUUUCAACACGCCAAUGUGACUGUGUAUGCGUACGGACCCGCCUGUGUCUUUCCGGAAUCCUUUCAUGAUAACUACAAGGGGGCAAAUAUCGUUUCGAUGCUGCUGGAUGGGGAUCCAUUCUCUUGUCUGAGUCUUGGCCAUGUCGCCGACGUGAGUGGAGUAUUGGAUUACCUUUGCGAAGAUACGGAUAUGCGACGACUAGUCGUUGCGCACACGGAGGAACCAUUGAAGCGUAUCCGCUCUCAAGACUUGGAAUGGUGCUCCCGUACCAUGGCCGAUAUCAAACGAGGACUGUGUCUCACUGAAAAGUUGUAUCCUCCCGGGCAGCUGCUAUUCAUCCACAAAAAGAAGUCCAAGUAUUCCAAACAGGCCGAUUGGUCAGUCCACGAGGUGCCUCCAUCGUUCUUUCAAUACUGGAAGUUGGGCCCACGAAUGUUUGAUUUGACGCGACAUUCACCCAAAGUAUACGAAACUACUCUUCGAAAAUCAAUCGGCAGAGCCAAGCACCAUACAACCACGAAUGCCAAAGACAACAAACAAUAG